CUGAGUCUGCCCCAAGCCAGCAUGAUCCUGACAUUGCUGUUUGGCCUGGGGGGGGCCCUGGGCUGGGGGAUGCUGGGGACCUGGGCGCAGGCCCCUGGUGCCAGUUUCUCUGAUCCACACAGCCCCCAGCCACCUGGGGUCUGGAGGGCAGAGGCGGAGGACGCCGGCGGGGACCCUGUCAGACGUAACUGGUGCCCCUACCAGAAGUCCAGACUGGUCACCUUCGUAGCUGCUUGCAAAACCGAGAAAUUCCUCGUCCACUCACAGCAGCCAUGUCCGCAGGGGGCUCCGAACUGCCAGAAGGUCAAAGUCAUGUACCGUGUGGCCCACAAGCCGGUGUACCAGGUCAAGCAGAAGGUGCUGGCCUCUGUGGCCUGGAGAUGCUGCCCAGGCUUUGCGGGCCCCGACUGCCAGCACCACGAUCCCACGGCAAUCCCUGAGCCUGAAGGUCCAGGUGAUAGCCUCCAGGAGGCUUGGGAUGGACUAAUGGACUUUGAAUCUGGUCAUCCAGCUGCAGAGAUCCGCAACACAGUGGAGCGGCAGGAACGCCGACUGGGAGAUCUCCAGAAUGACAUCCAUCAGAUGGCAGACAGCCUCCCAGGCCUGUGGGAAGCCUGGGCAAGCAACCUCACGGUGGCAACAACUGAGGCAAAUCAAACAGAGCUUGAGUUUCCAGGCAGAUCCUUGGAGCAAGCGCUAUUGCCCCACAUCAACACCUUCCUGCAAGGACAUCUCAGCCCCAUGUGGAGAAGCUUCAACCAAAGCCUGCACAGCCUCUCCCAGGUCAUAAGAAACUUAUCUCUUGACGUGGAGGCCAACCGACAGGCCCUCAAGAGGGUCCAGGAGACCUCUGUGGCCAGAGCUGACUUCCAGGAGCUUGGUACCAAAUUUGAGACCAAGGUCCAGGAGAACGCCCAGAGGGUGGGCCAGCUGAGGCAGGACGUGGAGGACCGCCUGCACACCCAACGCCUGUCCCUGCACCAGUCCCUCUCAGAGGUCCAGACUGACGUGGACAUCAAGUUGAAGAAGCUCCUCAAAGCCCAGGAGUCUGUGGGGAUCAAUAGCAGCCUGGUCUUGGCAGCAGCAGGGGCAGCAGCAAGGCCAGAGCCAGAGAGCCUGAACGCCAGGCUGGGCCAGCUGCAGAGGAACCUGUCUGCCCUGCAUGUGGCCACUGCCCACAGGGAAGAGGCGUUACAGAGCACCCUGGCAGACAUGAAGGCCACUCUGGCCCGGCACGUGGAUGAGAUCAAGGAGCUGUACUCGGAAUCUGAUGACACCUUCGAUGAGAUCAGCAAGGUGCAGCGGCAGGUGCAGGAGCUGGAGGUGAACCACACGGCGCUGCGAGAGCUGCGCGUGAUCCUGAUGGAGAAGUCACUGAUCAUGGAGGAGAACAAGGAGGACAUGGAGCGGCAGCUCCUGGAGCUCAACCUGACCCUCCAGCACCUACAGGGCGCCCACGCGGACCUCAUCAAGUACGUCAAGGACUGCAACUGCCAGAAGCUCUACUUUGACCUGGAUGUCAUCCGGGAGGACCAAAGGGACACCACGCGAGCCCUGGAGGAGACCCAGGUGAGCCUGGACGAGCGGCGCCAGCAGGAGGGCUCCUCCCUGCAGGCUCUGAGCGACACGGUGGCCUCCCUGACACUGGCUGUGAACACGCAGCAGGCAGAGGGUGAGCGGGCUCAGGCUGAGGCGGCACGGCUCCGGAGCCAGCUGCGCGCCCUGGGCGGCAAGGUGAGCGCGCUGCGGGCCGCUGAGACCGAGAUCCGCCGUGAGAUCCGCCAGCUGCACAGCUCCUUCUCCGCCCUGCUGGAGGACGCGCUGCGGCACGAGGCCGUGUUGGCCGCUCUUUUCGGGGAGGAGGUGAUGGAGGAGAUAUCCGAGGAAGGGCCUGGCACGCUGCCCCUGCGCUACGAACAGAUCCGCGUCAGCCUGAUGGACGCGGCCAGCGGGCUGCAGGAGCAGGCUUUAGGCUGGGAUGCGCUGGCCGCCAGGGUGACUGCCUUGGAACAGUCCUCGGGGGCCCGCCGGCAAACCGCGCGUUUGGAGCCCAGCCGGGACGCUCCACCAGAGGAGGUGGGUGGGCUGGACCUGGCUGGGCUGGCGCAGGAGCUCCAGCGCCUGAGCUCGGACAUGGAGAGUGUGGGUCGGUGCUGUGAGGCCUCCUGGGUCUCCUCCCUCAACAGCUCCCUCGAGGGCCUUCGCGGGGAGCUCUCCACGACUGAGCGCGGCUUGGAGAGGCACCAGCACCUCUUCCACAGCCUCUUUGGGAACUUCCAAGGGCUCGUGGCAGCCAACGUCAGCCUGGACCUGGAGAAGCUGCAGGCCAUGCUGAAUAGGAAAGGGAAGAAGCAGCAGAAAGGCCUGGAAGCUCCCAAGAGGAGGGAUCGGAAGCAAGUGGACUCUUCAGAGGAUGUGCGUGUCAAAGGACCAGCGCUUUGGGAGGCAGGCUACCCUGUGGCCUUCUACGCCAGCUUUUCAGAAGGGACCACUGCUCUGCAGACAGUGAAGUUCAACACUGCUUACAUCAACGUCGGCAGCAGCUACUUCCCUGAACACGGCUAUUUCCGAGCCCCUGAGCGUGGGGUCUAUCUGUUUGCAGUGAGCAUUGAAUUUGGCCCAGGGCCAGGCACCGGGCAGCUGGUGUUUGGAGGUCACCAUCGGACCCCUGUCUAUACCACUGAGGAGCAGAGGGGUGGGAGCCCAGCAACAACCUUUGCUAUGGCUGAGCUGCAAAAGGGUGAGAGAGUGUGGUUUGAGCUAACCCAGGGAUCGAUAAUGAAGAGAAGCCCGCCAGGCACUGCAUUUGGGGGCUUCCUGAUGUUCAAGACCUGAGUACCAAGCACAGCUCUGACCAGACACUGUGGACUUGUCCCGCUCUCCUUGGCCUGGGGCUCAGGCCAGGGUUGGUCUGGAGGCCAUCCAGGUGGUCUAGCUUUUCCCUGGAAACCUUCUGCAAAGACAACAUGGUAUUUGUGGCCUCUCUCUAGACGCACUGGGUCUGGCUGUCUCUUAACGAUGAGGAAGGCUGGGGCGCUCCUCUCCAGGCAGGGCCUGGGCCGGGGCGUGUGCUCCGGCUCGGCCUGCCUCUGAGGCAGCAGGGCUUCGGCUCUAGUUCUUGGCCCUACCCUACCCUGCGUUUGGCAGUGUUUUGGUGUCUUGCUCCUCCUGUGGUUGGAAACUUACAUACAACACUUUAAACCUUUCUCCUGCUUCCUCUUCAUCCUAUGCUAGAAAAUCAUUCUUUCCCAAAAAGAAUGUGUCUAAAUGGAAGUGACGUUUGGGACAAUACCGGAAGCUACUCUCUACCUACUGCGGUAGGAGGAAAGCAACUGCUUGGUGACUAUCAGUCAAAAGUGGAGACAGAAGACCUGGCUGAGCUAACCAAGGGAGACACUGAUUAGUACCACUGCCUUAGUUUCAGGCCUUCCUUGAAUUUACCUUGUAACUUCACUCCCUUUUCUUCCUGCCUCAUACAGGGUAAAGGCCAAGCCAGGACAAACAUGAACUGAAAGCGUACAGCCUCUACUUUUGCUUUCUCCAAUAGCUUAUGACCACCCCGGUUCUUAUUAUCAUUUCUCAACAGGAAAGUAGCUGAGAGAAGAGAAGGAAGAUGGUAAAAUCUCCCUCAAUGAAUUAUCAGCUUUGGAAUAAGGUGAUGCCCUUCAGGUCCGGCUGGUUUGCAAAACAAACCAGUAUGGAGAAUGAAAAAUUUGGUGAAGUAGGUAGAAAUGUGGGGCAAAGUCAAACUACUUGGGAUGUGAUUUCACUGAAACACGCAGAGGCUGCUGCAGUAUCCGCAGAAUACUGAAUUACACAGUGCAGCUUAGAGCUGUAACUAUUCCUACAGUAUCAAUGCAUGGUUUUCAGAAAGUUACAGACCCUGGAGAACAGGCUUGAGGAAACAGCAUCUACGUGUCAGGAAACAUUUUCACUUUGGUAGUAGCUGUUUGUUAUUUGUUGGAUAUACCUUUGUCCAUAAGAAAACCAGACUGGUCUAGGUGAUGAAAAAGGACAGAGUUGCCUGUGAGAGUUAACAAGGUUCCUGGCCUCUCUCAUUGUUUCCCAGGGAUCCUGAAUUCAAAUAAUUUGCCCCUCAGAAUUUAUUUGCCACUAAGCUUGGUGUGCUCAAUGUGCUAUACUAUCUGUGUUACAAGGAACAAUAUGCCAGGCUACCUUGGGGUAAAUCACAAGCACUCUUGAACUUUUCCACCUGUGUAUGAGGUGGUUGGUCUAACGACUCUAAACAUGCUGGUGUUUUAUUACCUCGAACACAGGUUCAACUCUCGACUCCUUUGCCCUUCCUUCUGGCCGGGGCCUCCUGCCUCCUGCCGCUCAGCCGUAAGAGUAAUCCCGACUCCAGAUAUGACAUAUUUCAGCCACUCCUGGCCAAAGAUGGGAAAGCCAGUACCGGGCCACCCUUGCUGCUGGAAGACCAGGCUGUGUCUUCUCUUUGCUAAGUCCUGCUGUUACUGGUCAGGCUGUGCUGAUGACGAAGUGAGACAUUUAGGGCAAUACAGCCUUACCAUUUAAGCCUUUCAUUUGGAAUUUACUGCAUAUAAUAAGCAGAGUGAACUGAUAUCCUCUAUAAGGGGCACAUGUCCUUCAACCUGCACAUGGCUGGUGCUAUUUAACAGGGAGGUCAUAAAUGAAAAGUGCUAACUGGUAAACUCUUCCAAAAUCAUGGAUAAAUCACUCCUGAAGUUUCUGGGGUAAGAACUGGAGACAACGGUUCUUUCAGAUAGAGUGCUUUCCAUGCAAAUUCCACAAGAUCUUAAUAUCAAGUAUAAAUUUUCUGUUUAAAUACUUCGGUAACUAGGACC